CCCCGGUCUCUCCCUCCGCUCCGAGGCCCGCCCGCGGGGCCGGCCGCCUGUCAGAGGGAGGUGGCGAUGGUGCGCCCGGUGGCGGCGGCGGCAGCGGCGGCGACGGCUUCCUCGGUCGGACGGCAGGGAGGAGAAGAUGACUGACCGGCCGACUGGAUGAAUGAAUGAAUGGCGGAGCCGAGCGCGCCAUGAGGAGCCUGCCGAGCCUGGGCGGCCUCGCCCUGUUGUGUUGCGCGGCGGCCGCCGCCGCCGCCGCCGCCGCUUCAGCAGCCUCGGCGGGGAAUGUCACCGGGGGCGGCGGGGCGGAGGGGCAGGUGGUCGUGUCGCCCACCCCGGGGCUGCGGGACCAAGCCGGCCACCCCUUCUCGAAGGCCGCGGCUCCCACGGCGCAGGCCCCGCGGAGCGGCCCCCCGCGCACCCCAGUCCGCAGAGCCGGGGCUGCGACCCCGUCAGCCGGCUCCCCGGAGACCACCCCUCUCCGCACCACCGCGCGACCCGCCGCCGCCACCUUCCCGGUUCUAGGCCCCUCGCCCGCCACCCCUUCGGAGGAGGGAGGCACUCCCGCCGCCACCCAACCGCCAGCCUCCAGACCCGCACCCAGCACCCUUGAGAGCACAGCGGGCCAGGGGCCGACCACCCCUCUAGUCACCACCGCUCAGACGCCCAGCACUCCCGGGACCCCGACCGCCCAGUCCCCGGACAGCAGCAACAGCAGCAGCAGCAGCAGCAGCAGCAGCAGCAGCGUCCCGCCCACCGCACCUGCCACCGAAGCCCCUGCUCCUCCUCCCCCAGAGUAUAUAUGUAACUGUUCUGAGGUUGGAAGCUUGGAUGUGAAGCGCUGCAACCAGACAUCAGGGCAGUGUGAGUGUCAUCCAGGUUAUCAGGGUCUUCACUGUGAAACCUGUGAAGAGGGCUUUUACCUGAAUCACACUGUUGGUCUCUGCCUGCCAUGUCACUGCAGUCCACAUGGAUCUCUUAGCAUCCUCUGCAACAGUUCUGGGAAUUGCCAGUGCAGAGUGGGUGUCACUGGCUCCAUGUGUGACCGAUGCCAAGAUGGACAUUAUGGCUUUAAUAAGACAGGCUGCUUGCCCUGCCAGUGCAACAACCGAUCCAAUAGUUGUGAUGUUAUCACAGGUGCUUGUUUAAACUGCCAGGAAAAUAGCAAAGGGGAUCACUGUGAAGAAUGCAAAGAAGGAUUUUAUCAGAGUCCUGAUGCUACUAAAGAAUGCCGCCGCUGCCCUUGCUCAGCAGUGACCUCUACAGGCAAUUGCACCAUAGAAUCUGGUGAAUUGGAGCCUACAUGUGUCCAGUGUAAAGAUGGUUACACAGGACAGAACUGCAAUCAAUGUGAAAAUGGCUAUUACAAUUCUGACAGCAUCUGCACACGGUGCGAAUGUCAUGGCCAUGUGGACCCAACUACAACUCCAAAGAUUUGUAAACCUGAGAGUGGUGAGUGCAUCAAUUGUGUCCAUAACACCACUGGGUUCCAGUGUGAGAACUGUCUAGAAGGCUAUGUUCGAGACCACCAGAAAAACUGCAUCAAGCAAGAAGUUAUUGUUCCAACUCCUGAAGGUUCUACCAUUUUGGUUUCCAAUGCCUCUUUGACCACAUCAGUGCCCACCCUUGUUAUAAAUAGUACAUUUGCCCCCACAACCCUGCAGACUAUCUUUUCAGUAAGCUCUUCUGAAAACAGCACCUCAGCUCUCGCUGAUGUAUCAUGGACCCAGUUUAACAUCAUCAUUUUGACAGUUAUCAUCAUUGUGGUAGUGCUGCUAAUGGGAUUCGUAGGAGCUGUGUAUAUGUACAGAGAGUACCAAAACCGGAAACUCAAUGCUCCCUUUUGGACCAUCGAGCUGAAAGAAGACAAUAUCAGUUUCAGCAGCUACCAUGACAGCAUCCCCAAUGCAGAUGUGUCAGGAUUGUUGGAGGACGAUGGCAAUGAAGUGGCUCCCAAUGGGCAGCUGACCCUGACGACACCUAUUCAUAACUACAAAGCUUGAGGAGCUGAGCUGUCCUCCUGGAUUGUCAGAACACAGUGCUCACUAAAAUGCAUCUGCCCUCCAGCCACACAUAGCCUGGGUAGAGUUUGCUGAGAAAGGCCUCGUGCAAAUGAACUGUUCAGGUACAAACUGCAAUGCGCUUAGCCUAUCUGUUGCUCUUAAUUCCCCAUGAAGAUCUGAAGCACUCAUCAUCAUUGAGGACAUGAAGUAAAGUAUAUUUUUGUAGCAAACCACAUGAGUGUAUGGAAAGGCUUAAUCCCACACAGUAGUCCAAGUCUACCCAGCCUCUCAAAGGACUGCUGGGAAAGUGUUCAUCUCACCAGCCAUGACAGAAUGUUGAUGUGGAGGGGGAAGACUGAUAGAAGACUUCAUCUCCAUUUUGGGAACACAUUUUUUGAAGGAGAGGCAGGGAUUAUGUUCUUUUUUUCUGUACUAAAAGAUAUAACUGAGGAAGAGCUGGUGUCUAGGCUAUACCACACUAAACAAUCUUGGCUCUGUGUAAACUAUGGGCAGAAAAGUCCCAAGAGGAUCUGUAGAAGGGCUUGGCUUUCCUCCCGUGAGUCUCCUUCAAGGAUGGGAUUGAAGCACAGGAUAAGCCUCUGUGGUGAGGGCAGGCACAGCACCCAGAGAGCAGAAAGUUGAUGGUCCUCCUCAGGGGUGGUUCCUGCCUCUAAAGAAACAAGGUGUACAUAGUUAAUGUAGCAUACCUGCUCAACAUUGUACUUGUAUCUAUUUGUAAAAAAAAAAAUCAUGUCCUAUUUUAUCAUUUAGACUUUAUUUGUAUAGCAGUUAAUCGUGUUGUAAAAAGAAGAUAUGGAAAUUGGUGAAAAUACUGUAAAUUAGGUGGCAAUAUUGCUAGAGCUGGGACUCUGGUGAGCAUCAUUCAUUUUUAGUCCCUAUUUGGACACUUGAAAUUUAUAAGAGGUCAAAUGUUUCUAAUCUUUCCUCCCUCAACUUAGAGUCAUAUGCUUUUUGACCUACCAUAGAUUCAAGCAAUAGAUGUUAAAUCUGUAAUUGUUAAGCUGGGUCACAGGCUGCAUUCUCUAGACACUCACCUAAUUAGCCACUCUGUGUGUUUUACAUUGCUCGGUGUAAACAUCCUCAGAAAAAGACUUCUUUCCUGAAUGUAAAAGACAGUCUUCCAAAGGAUAGAAAUUUUAAAUUAAAAAAGAAAAGCCAUCACAUUACUUGGGGCCCCUCAUUUUUAUGCCCAUGAAAUAUUUAUGUACUUCCCAUAACUUCCAAAAUAAAGACCUCUGACAUUUGAACAUAACCUAUCACCCGUGAAUCAUGAGGUGUGUUUGACUCCUUCAGUGCUAGAAUUCAUCCAUCUUCUUGUCUGGGCAGGGAUUACUCUGAUUGAGUGUGCAUUUAGUCCUUGCUUUCUGAUGCCAUUUUCCCCUGAGGCCAAGUACUGCUUCUUUCAUCUGUUAUGCAUCGACAGUUUUGUGGAUGAAACAAGCCAAGAAAGGUGGCCCAGACUAUGAAGUGGUUAGGGAAAAACAAAACAAAGACUAGACCUAGGAAACUCAGACUUAACUUCCUCAGAGAGAAAAACAUACAGUUUGUUCAUCCUCUGUAGGAGACCCCCACCUUUUUCUCAGGGUUUGGAAAUGACUGUAGACUAGAGGAUCCGUAGGAAACCUGAGGGUGCUCUGCAUAUGUGGCUGUCUUUAUUAAAGUAAACAUUGCAUCUCAUUGUACUGAAACAGUUUACAAGUGGCUGAUUGCUUGCCUACCAUAGGAAUCUAUCGGUUUAAUCCUCAGAAUUACAGAAUAGACCAGUGUUUUUAUUGUCCUUUGUCAUUUACAAAACACUUUUCUGUGUGUGUUCUUUGAUCCUCACCAUAGCCUCCUAAGGAAGCAGUCUUGUACCCAUUUUAUACAUGAAGAAACUGAGGCAUAAAGAAGCUAAAUCAUUCAGGGAUAUACAAUGCACAUCAUUUUUAUGCUUGGAAUCAAUUCUCACGUCUACAGCAUAGUCAUUUGGCUAUAUGAUAACAUAUAAAACUACUAGCCAUGGGCCCUAGAAGGCUGGAAUGAAGAUUCACAUUUGUGGAUGCUUCUAAUAGAACCCUUGUGUGCUCCCAAGUGUGCUUCCCCAUCCCGUGUGCAUGUGUGUGUGUGUGUGUGUGUGUGUGUGUGUGUGUGUGUGUGUGUGUGUGUGUGAGAGAGAGAGAGAGAGAGAGAGAGAGAGAGAGAGAGAGAGAGAGAGAGAGAGAGAGAGAGAGAGAGAGAGAGAGAGAGAUGUAUGUGAUUUGCAGGCACAAUUCAGGGCUACAUAGCUACAAAUGACUUUGUGGAAAGAACACAUGAGAAUUUCUAUGUAAAGUCAGAAUUAAUGAUGAAAAGGCAAAACUGCCAGUUAGAGUUCAUUAAAAUGAAUAAAUUCCUGUAGUAGGGGGUGCGUUCCCUAGCAGUUGCAGCACAGGUGUGUGGUGACUGUGCACCACACAAUUCCAAGCAUUGUGCACAGUGAUUGCCUCCCUGAUACCCUAUCUCCUGCCAAAAAUAAAAGGUAAGGAGAUAAAAAGCAAACAUUUGUUAAACAAAUGUUUACCCAAUAAAUAAAUGAAGCGUGUUUGUAGGAGUCUCAAAGCCAGUCAAAUAGUCAAAAUUCUGGCUGAAUAGAGAUUCCUUGAAACAGAUCUUCAAAGAUAACACAGAAAUUAAAUCACAAAUUAUGUUUAUCAAGUAUGGCUCCUAGGUCAUACUAAUUUUUCACAAUGAUGAAAAAGUAUAGCCUUAAAAUGUGUUUUAAAUAACAUUAGUGACCACAGAACUCUGCUUAUAGAAAUAAUUUUGCUCUAAAGAUCAACCAUGAGGCAAUCUCCUUUUGAAAUUAGAGUAGAAAACCAUUGUAAAACACAAUGCAGGGUUUUCAGUCUCUGGAGGCAUCACCAUCCAGCGCCAGGCAUUUCUGAAAAGUCUAAUGUAUGAACAAUUUUUGUCUAAUUAUUGAUAACAUGUUCUUUUUAAAAUUCAAUACCUAUGUGAAUCUUACUGAGAAGUAGUCAUCACUUGCUAUGAAUAAACUGAUGCUUGCUCACAUCUUCAUUAACUCACCUUAGUAAGCCCUAUGCAUUUCUGAUGAUGGAUGUUAUAGUCAGUGUCCAGCAGGUCUUUGAUUACUACCAACCUCCACACUGCUUCUCCGGGCUCUCUUAUCUACAGUCUUUCCCGUUAUAGAAAAGGCAAAAGGAUAGUAUAAUCUCUUAUUUAUUUCAACAUCCUGAGUGCAUUUUUUUCCAGGAAUACUUGGAUUUUAAGAGAGGACAACAGGGCAGACAUGGGCUGGGAGGAUAGGGGUUUUGUCUUGUUUUUUGUUUUGUUUUGUUUUUCUUAACAAGAUUAUCUAAGUCUCAAGUGAUAUCGCUAUACUCUAGUUCCAAUAUUCCCAGAACCAUUAAUCAUCAAAGCAAUACUCACUGACCUCCCAGUUAAUCUGGGUUAUUUGAUCAUCAAGAUGUGUUUUGGAAGAUGAGAGACAAUUGGAGCUUGAUUAUUGAUCUUUCACCAUGGUCCUGUACUUUUUAAUUUUUUUUAUGCUUGUAAACAUAAGGUUGGUUCUAAUGACUGUCCCUGGCUUCUUAUAUUUUGAAGUAGUAUGUGGGCAGGAGUUGAAUUUCUGUAUUUCUCAAGGAAAACUCUCUGACAAAAUAUUCAGAAUAAGUUCAAAGAACCCAUGCAAUCAUUAGGGCAACAGAAGUCUUUGUGACCUCAUCCAUACACACACACACACACACACACACACACACACACACACAUACACACACACACAUACACACACACACACACACACACACACACACACACACACACACACACACAAAGAAAAAAACCCUUUAGUCUGUUGCUCUUUUGACAGCAAGUAGUUUUGGAGUUGAAAUGGGUUUGGUGUCUAUGUUCAGGGCUGUGGGAGGUGAUGGAAGGUUAAUUCAUCUUUCUCUUUCACUCUGAGCCAUUGGCUGAGCCAUGGGGAGAAGCAAGAAAAAUGGUUAUUAAUUUGUAGAAGUCAAAUACUAUCAAAUGGCUAAAGGUUAUGGAUCACUAAAAUGUCAGUGGUUUGAAUGAUAAUUUUUGAAAGGCAUUGGGGAUCUUCUUUGUUCCUUGUGCACCUGUAGAAACUGCAGCAGCCCUGGAGUGAGCCCAGAGCUUCAGAUUCAAGCUAGCCCAAAGCUAAGUGACUUCUAGUCAACUUUUAAUGCUAGGCAUAAGCACUCUGUACUCUUAAAUUUCAGCCCAAUCAAUUAGGGAAUGUUUCUAAAACAUUAAAUUUGUAUUUAUGUCACUAAAAUCCUAACGCAAAAUUUAAAAACAUGUCUCAUAUGUGUACUGUACUAGGUUUCAUGAUGCAUUUCUAAAUUUGUGUAUGAUUUGAAUAUAUGAGAGAAUUUAUACAAGAGUGUUAUUUAAAAUUAUUAAUAAAUGUAUAUAAUUUGUA